AUGGUCAAAAUCAACUACCUACCAACCAUAGAGGAUGCAUAUGGUUCUCUUUCUGCCGAACAACUCGAAAUAUUGCGCCAACAGGUCCUUUCGGAAGGCGGAGAUAUUGCCUCACUCCAAUCCCGUUUCAACUAUGCAUGGGGUCUAGUGAAAUCCCAAGAUUCAGAAGACCAGCGCCUGGGUGUCAAAAUACUCACCGAUAUCUACAAAGAAUCACCCAUGAGGAGGAGGGAAUCUCUGUACUAUCUCACAAUUGGCUGCUACAAAUUAGGGGAGUACUCUAUGGCAAAAAGAUAUGCAGACGCCCUGUACUCACACGAGCCAGAGAACUCUCAAGCACGUGCCGUGAAAGCCAUGGUGGAGAAGAAGAUCCAAAGUGAGAGUUUUAAGGGCAUUGCCAUGAUUUCCGCCGGGAUCGCUGCCGCCGCAGCGGUCGCUGGCCUUAUGAUGAGGAACAGAAAGCGCUAA